GGUGAUGAAGAAGCCAGCCUGGGUCUCCCCAUCAGCCCUUUCAUGGACCGCUCUGCUCCGCAGUUAGCAAAACUCCAGGAAUCCUUCAUCACCCACAUCGUGGGCCCCCUGUGUAACUCCUAUGACUCAGCAGGACUGAUGCCAGGCAAAUGGAUUGAAGAUAACGAUGAGUCAGGGGAUACAGAUGAGCACGAGGAGGAUUCCUCAGACAUGGACUCCUGUGACAGCCAUGAAGCAAGAAAGAAAAGGAGGAAAGUCUACUGCCAGAUAACUCAGCACUUGCUGCAGAACCAUCAGAUGUGGAAGAAGGUGAUGGAAGAGGAAGAGAGGAGAGCUGGGAAGGACAAGCAAAGUGGGGAGCCGUCAACGGCGCUGCACCCGUCCUCCGAACAAAUAGAGGCUAUUAAAGAGGAGGAAGAGGAGAAAGGGAAAGCCAAAGAGGAAGACGAUGACACAGCUUCGGAAGCAAACCUACGACAGUGACGGGAAUUUUUGUACAGUAUUUUGGUGCAAGGACAUCUUGCAUAACAGUUGUUUUUAAAAGCCAGCACAACGUUUAGACACAACACUGUAGAAAUACGGGGUAAUUCGCCUGCAGCUGUUUAAGUUUUCCUUCCUUCCUUCCUUCCUUCCUUCCUUCCUUCCUUCCUUCCUUCCUUCCUUCCUUCGAGGUACAUUGCUUUCACAGUUCAACGGCCAUUUUUACAAACUUUCAAAUACAUUGGAGAAUUAAUAUAUUAAUUCUCUAAUUAAUAUAUAUAUAUUAUGUACGCGUGUACUGUAUGUAUGCAGACAUACAUACAUGCAUACAUACACUCAUACCUACAUACAUAAGAUAUUAGCCUGGGUUUAUAAGCUGCAUAUUUGUUUAUUUGUCCUUUUUUAAAAAGAAGAUACUGCCUGUGACAAUAUUAAAACAAAAGGAAAAAAAAGGGAAAGGGAAGGAUUUGAAAAUGAGACAAUGGAGACGGCUAUACUGCCCUUAUUUGUUUGUUUGUUUGUUUGUUUGUCAAAGUGGAAUAACUGUGUGAGUUAAUGGUUGAUCCCGACUGCCAGCAUAGAUGCUCCUGAAGGAUGUCAUGUGCAUGCAAACAAAACAGGAGCACUGCAAUUCAUGGAGCGAAGGGGAAAGGCCUUCUGCUUUGGAGACAGGCUGUGACACACUGGGCGUGUCACCACAGAAGAUUUAUGCACCUCCAAUGCAGAGAACUUGCCACCCUCUUUCUCCACCUGGAGAACUCGGUCUCGAACCUCUGGCUCGCUCUUCCACACAACUGAGUAAAAUCCAGAUGGAGGUGAGCCCACCACCGCUCUGGAAAACAGGACUUCCAUUUCUGGAGCGGGCCGCCUCUGUCGCUGUUUGGUGGGGUUUGAUUGUUUUCCCGUGAAGACUUGUGCAAACUGAAAUUCCUACAUGUAUGUUGCACAAUUAUGUAUGCCACCUCCCCUUCCCCCCCACCCCCACUUUGGGCGAGCAAUUUUCAAGCAAGCAUCACGCGUCAAUCUGCCAAAGAGAAGGUGUUGGUGGCAAUUUUCUAUGGUGUCCGAAGGAAUUUCCACUUGGUUGACUUGAGAUAGACUUUGGAGAGACAUCUUUGGAUCCCUCUCGUCCUUACCACCUUUUGUUGCAUCCUCGUCUUUUCGCGUGUCUUGUGGGCAUCCGAAAAGUGACUUUAAAGAUGGAUCGCGAAUGAGAAAUGCCGGCUAACCGCUUCUUCUGCUUUUUCUUGGAAUGGGUUGUGUAGGGGCUGCGAACCCGUUGCCUGGUGACCUUCGAUCAGAAAGAACUCAACUCUUACUUCAAGGGAUCCAUUCUUCAUCGAUUUGUUUGUCAUAAGCUGAUGGCAUGUGAUUAAUGAGAAGUCUGGAGCACAUAGACAGUUGAUGUGAAACACUGCCUAGGGCUCACCACAGUCCUACACAAAGCCAAAUGCCCCCUCUAGAAGGGGUGGGGGGUUUGUCUUCAGCUUCCAGACUUUUUCAGACAGCUUCCUCAUGGCUAAGGAUUCUGGAAGACACAUUUCUGGAGGGUCACAAUAAGGAAGGCUGCCAUCCUGCAUUUCCUUCCACGAUGCAGAGGCCGUUUUGUAGAUGCAGUGACCCAUCUAAUAUUUUAGCCAAGGAAAUAUCACUUAUCAUUUAUCUGUCCCCCUUCCACAACCACAAGAAAUUUCCAAAGAACACCACGGUCCCUUUAGGACAGCAGUUUGGAAGCGAGGGGGUCAUCUAAAUCAGGGGGUUCCCAACCUUGGCAGCUUUUAAGACCUGUGAACCUCAACUCACAGAAUUCCCCUUGCUGGCUGAGGAAUUCUAGGAGUUGAAGUCCACAGGUUUUAAAGCGGGCAAUAUUGGAAGCUCCUGGCCUAGACUGAUAGAAUUGGUUUCUGGCCCAAGGAGGAUUGGAAAGCAACUACAUAAAACAAGGGGGGGGAAAAGAAACCUUAGCAUUAUCCUUCACCCACUAAGGCAGGAAUCCAUUGCGCUGUUGGUUUUCAAGAAAGGUGGUUUUGUCCUGCAUUUCAUAUUCGUUGACCGCACCAUAAGUAGACUAAAUUCUGCUUUGAUGGUCUCGCGUAACUAUAUUAAGGGAAACCCAGUGAUAUGACAAGUACCAUUUCAGAAGAUCUUUCAAUUAUCCCCUGAGGGGCAGGGAUGGUUAACAUUUUCGGCACCGAGUGUCGAAACUGGAGUGCCAGAACCCAGAAAUU